AACACACACACACAGCGCCCCUUUGCACACACCGCACACACGCAGACACCAACCAACCAACCAACACACAAGAGAAACCUCCGGCCCGGCCGGCCGGAGUCCAUCAAAACCCACAAGCCGCGCCCCCUUUCGCUCGCCAAGUGGGUGUGAUGAGAUGAGAUGAGAUGAGAUGAGAUGAGGUGAGGUGAGACAAGAGGAGAUCGAUCAAUCGAGCACCGACCACAGGUUGGUCCUCCUGCCGAGGUUGCAGUCUGGCGACCCCCAAGUGUACUCGCCCUCUUUGGGGUCUUUGCAGGGAUUGUGGCACACGUUGCGCUCAACCACGUCCAGUAUCGGGAGGUCCUUCUCUGGAUGCUUGUCCUUGUAUGUCAGCCCGUAGCCGUAGGGGAAUAGCGGCCGCUGCCCGUCCCCCUUGUGGAUGUUGAACUGGCAGGGGUGCGCCGGCCAGGACAUCGACAGCUUGCCUGUGAAAUCGACUUCGCCGAACAGGAGGUCCGUGAGGCCCGGCCCGGCCUGUUUGCAGGGGAGCCACGCCUCGAUGAAGGCGUCUGAGAGGUUGAUUUCCGCGUUGAUGUACAGCGGGCGGCCUGAGUAGAAGAUGGUGAUGACUGGGGUGGUGGGGGCGUAGUCCCGGGCCUUCUUGAGGCGCACAAAGUCCUCCGGGUACGUGUGCUUGCCGAACUUGGACCUACGCCACACACAGCACAGAGAGAGAGAGAGAGAGAUGGAUGCAUCUCAUCUUUGUCUGUCUGCAGUGCACAGCUCCCCUUACCAGUUUCUAUGGUGCAUGAGGCUCUCGCCAUCGUCAUAGUCGCCCUCGACCUCGGCGUAAGGGUCCUCCGCCAUGACGUGAAUGACCACGUCGUACUUGUUGGUUCGCAAGUCCUGUCCCUCCUCGUCGUCGACGACUGUGUAGUUGUGGAGCUUGGCGUGCUCCUGCAGCGACGUCAGCAGACUGAUGGCGUGUUUGUUCGACGUGUCGUUGAAAGUGUCGUCGUUAUCUACACACACAUACAGAGAGAGAGAGACAUAUAUAAUGGGUACGUCAGUCAGUCUGUCAGUCAGUCAGUCUGUCUGUCUGUCGUCCUUACACAGUCCCUGCCAGCUGAGCGUCCACCCGCCGCACGCGAGGUAGCUCCACCUGGCCUUGCCCAUGACCAGCACUCGCAUGCCCUCCUUCGCCUUCAACGGCAGUACGCCACCAUUGUUCUGUUUGGUUGCCGCAAGACACACACAAGACACACACACAGAGACAGACACGAAUGACUCUCUCCUCCCUCCCUGCCACCUUGUGUGCCUCUCUCGUCGUCACCUACCUUCAGAAGGACAGCCGACUUCUGGACGGCUUCUCUCGCGACGGCGGUGUGUUCGGGGUUGCCGAUGGUGGUGAGGUUGACGUUUCCUAUCCUGUCCAUUGCCUUGACGUUGGGGCCGAUCAUCCCCAGCCUCGCCUUGAGCCGCAGCACCCGCCGUGCAGCGUCGUCGAGGCGCGCCUGCGUCACGGUGCCGUUCUUGACGGCUGCAAUGGUGUUCUUGAUGAAAAUGGUGAAGUGCUCCCCGCCAGACGUCGAUAUCAGAAACAUAUCGAUCUGGUAUGUACGAUAGAUAGAUAGAUAGGAUGGAUACCAUUCACUCACACAGUUGUGUUGUGUGUGUUGAAAUGCUUUCUUUUGCUGUGCGCUGCACUGCACUGCUGCCCUCACUGACUGACCCCUGCGUUGAUUCCUUGUGAGCAGGAGACUGAUGUGCAUGACGGAAUGUGCGAGUGUGCGUUCCAGUCGCCCAUGAUGACGCCGUCGAAGCCGUAGUGGCCCUUGAGGAUCUCGGACAGGUAGUGCUUGUGCUGGUGCAUCUCAAUGCCGUUGACGUCGUUGAAGGACGGCAUCGUGCUCAUCAUCUCUGCACCCCCGCACACACAUUACAUACACACACGCCGAUCCUCCCAUGUGUUGUGGUGUGUUGGGGGCGGGGCGUACUGGCUCUGAGGCACCCAAUGAAUGGCGCGUUGUGGUCCCGGAUGAGCUCCUCCUCCCCCAUCUCAGCGUCGCCAUCCACCACACCGCCGAGGGUGGCACCAUCGCCGAGGAAAUGCUUGCACAUGGCAGCCACGCCGGUGCCAUUGGCCAUGCUCUCUUGCAGACCGUUGACAUACGCCUACACACAUGGAUGCAUCGAUUGGAUGGGGGCGAUGCGUGGAAGCAGUCCGUCCCGUGUGUGUGCUUAUAUGUGCCCAUAGUGGUACGUGUGUCAAUUUAAUUAAUUACCUCGACGAGUGCGGCCGUGACGGUGCCGUUUUCUGAGAAGCUCUCGUAUGUCCUGCCCCAUCGGUAGUCGGCGGGCACUGCGGUCAUGGGGGCCAGCGUCCACUCGACGCCCACCGCGCUCAUCUCCAACGCAGUCACGCGACCUGGUGUGUUGGGUGGCCAAUUAUACAUAAACCGCAUUAUAUUGAGCUUGCUUUUCUCCUCCUUCUCUGUCUGUCUGUCUGUGUGAGUGCUGACCGAUUCUUCUCAUGAGGUCGGGAUCGUUGGCGCAUCCGAGUCCGAUGUUGUGUGGAAACAUGGUGGCCUCGGGGAUGGUGCCCAGCCCGUGGACCGCAUCCACCGCCGUGAUGGACGGAAUGCCCAGCCGCUUACCCUUGUUGGUCUUCAUCGAAUUCAUGUAGUACUAAGGCACACAGACAGACGGGGAAAGGCAGAGACAGACAGACAGACAGACGAACAUCUCUCCCUUGUUGUGUGUGGCUGUCCAUCCAUCCCCCGCACUUGACUCACUUGUCUCUUUGUCUUGAGGAAGAAGUCCGGCGUCUCGUGCAUGGGCGGCCACAGAACGUUGACGUUGUACUUGAUGAGCGACCGGGGCCCCUCGUUGAAGGCGUCGUUGCUGAUGACCAUCUGACACACCUUCUCAAGGUUGCCCAUCUUGGCCAGCAGACCGUCGAUGUAAUCCUCCAUCGGCGCGCUCAGCUUCAGUGCCGUCGCUACCGGACCGGUGGCUUUUGGCGGGUCCGGCCACAAAUCACACGACCUGCAGACAGACAGAGAGAAAGAGAGAGACCAAGGCAGGCAAUGUGCGAGCGGGCGGCAGAUUGCGGCCGGCAUUGAUUGCCUGACAGAUUUACUGACCGUGGCCCGCAUAGCUGGGUCCAGGUGAGUCCGGUUGUCUGCUCGUCUUCGGUCUUGUGCAGAGUGCAGAGUAGCGUGCUGUAGUCGUAGCUAAAUGCCUCGCAGUCGUCGUGCUGCUGGCAGAAGGUCUGGCACCGGAAGGGCGUGGCCACGUCGUCGAGGUGGCCGUCGCCCACGUCGAUUGGCGUCGAGUAGUAGCCGCAUCCGCGUGUGAUGCACCCGCCGAUGACCUCUUCGUCUCCUCCCCUCUUGGGGGGGCAGUACUUGGGUCCCGAUGCGGCAUAGAUACUCCUGACUCUCUCUUCCUCCUUCCUGACAUCGGUGUAUUUGCCGGUGAGCAGGAAGCAUCCAUGGUCGUAGGAGAAGGUGAACGACUCGCAGUCGUCCCACGCCCAGCACUUGAUCUGGCACUGCCGCGCGGUGCUGAUGCCCAUCAUGACGUUGCGGAAGGGCAGCUUGCCGCCCAUCCCGUCGCCCACCUGCUCCGCCAGGGGGUAAAACACACCAUGCUCGAAGCAGUCCACCUCUGCCGCUGCCUCGUCUGCUACGUACAACACACACACAUUCAAUCAACAGCCAGUGCAGUGACUGCCUCUGUGUCUGUCUGCCGAAAUGUUCGUUCGUCUGUCUGAUCCUCGGCUGUGCUUGGCUUACACUCCUCGUCGUCGUAGCAGUUGGGAAUCCCAUCCCAGUCCUUGUCGCCGAGGUCAUCGCACUCACAGUCGCCCGUGACGCGGACCGAAGCGAUCCUGUUGGUCUCGGGCAGCUUGGUGUUGCUGGCCUGGGUGUAGAGCGACGCUGACAUGUCGGUCAGGUCGGCGUCCGUUUCGGGCCCCUUGGUCUGCAACAGACACACCGUCGCGCCCUGUGUGCUGAUGGCAAAGGUGGCCCUGGCGCAGAGGUAGUGCUGCUGGCAUCGCGCCACGCACUCUGCGAGGGACUCAACGGCGGGUGUCCGAUUGGGUUUCAGUGAGCUGCGAUAGAAGCCGACGCUGAUGCCGUCGGCAAUGUGGCCGGACAGACAGGCCGGGGAGGCGGCGAGCGACAGGCGGGGGAGAAGCAGGAGGGGAGGCAAGACAAGCAAAGAGAGGGUGGUCCACAUAAUAGCGGUUGUCACUCGGUCAGGGCCCGGCCUCGGUGGUGUGCCGGCUGCCCUGGGAGGGUGGGUGCUGGCCUCGGGCAGCUCAGCUACAGAUUAUAUAUCUUCAGUGGUCUUCCACACCGUUCGCUAGUGGAUCGACCGUUACACGCUGGAUCCACCGCCCCAAGGCAUGCGUGGCGGCAUCAGGCACUGCGGGGGCGGACACACGGAGCAGCAGGCGCAAUCUUGCGUGUUUGAUCGCCACGAAAGGGGGAGAAGCUGGAACACCA